AUGUUUGCCAUGGACUAUUACAACAUGUCGAACCCUACCGAAAGAACCGCAGAAGAUAAUUAUGAGAGAGAAAAUGAUCCUUCGCCUGUAACCGAAGACUUCACAGAAAACACCUAUGUCAAAGAGCCAAAGUCCCACUUGAGAGGUCAAGUCCCCGUUCAACUAGAUGAACAGUCAUUUGAGGAUCCAAUGCAACCUCCUUAUUCCAAUUCUGAUCAGCAGCUUGAGGACGACGAACGCGAAGCGAUCAAUAAGUCUAAUGUCAUGAGGGGAGAUCGUCUUCGUCAUGCAAAGCCUAGAACCGCGAACAAGUACAAUGAGGGACCAGGUGAAGAUGAUCUGCCGGCCGGACUUGAGUGA